AUGACCGAAGACGCCUCCUCCGCCUCCAUUCGCUCGUCCCAGGGCUCGUCGAGACGUGCGCCCAAGAACCCACAGCAGCAGCUCUCGCAAAUAGAAAAGUCCGUCACCCACCUGCUUGUCGCCACAAAGCAGCUGCUUGAGACCUUGACCCUAUGGUCGCGCGGGACGGCCACCGAGAGCGAAGUCUCGGACGUCUAUGUGCGCCUGGGCUAUGAAUUCAACAUCGCCUCGCGCGCCUUCAACGCCAUUGGCGUCGACACAAACGAUCUUGGCAAUGUUCCCGAGCUGUUGCGCGGCAUCCUCGAGGAGACGCUGAGCCAGGAGGCCUCGCAGUCCAGCCUCGACAACUUCCUCCCGCGGAUACGAGACAUCAUCAUCAACCUACUGCAUGGUCUGAAGAAGAAGCAGCAACGCCUGCGACAGCGCACAGGACGAGAUGGCUCCCUCAACGGCACCAGCCCGCGGCAAGGCAGUGUGGGCAGCGCCGGCGAGGUCGAUGAUGGCCAGCAGUCGCGCUCGGCGAGCACAAGACUGCCAUCCAGAGGGGAAAACGCGGAUUUUGGCGCAAGCGGCCCUGAUCUCCCACCCCGCUCCUCCUCCGUGGCCGGCUCUGGCACCGGUCGCGCGUCACCCAGCAAGUACGAGUCGCUCCCUGCAAACCCAAGAGGCAAUCGUUCGACGGCAGCGAGCCACCAGUCUACCAACUCUUCCCUAUCGAGUACGACCGCCCAGCAAAUGCCUGUCAUCGCCCCCUACCCAGCAGCCGACUCCAUGCCCAGAACCCCGGAGCCCGCGCAAGCAAACUACGCCGUCGAUUUUCCCCCACCUCCUCCACCACCGAAACAAGAAGAUGCAUUGGCCGCACUACAAAGAGGAGGAGAGCUGGAGCGGCGAGCUUCGCGCCGAUUCUCUGCCUAUCAGAUACAGAAGCAUCUUGGUACAACGGGUGUCCCACUGCCGCAGGUGCAGAAUUCCCCCAUACCCAAUCGAGGCCGCGAUGUUCGAGAAUCCAUGAAUGCGGUGCGAACGAGAGCUUCGACGAUGCAUAGCCGGCAACGGUCGAACCAGCAACGUCCUGCUGUAGAAACAAAGUUCUCGUUUGACCAGCCAAACGAGGCCUCGAGACGCAUCUCCGAGGAGAGUGCACAGGGUUCGGCUGUAAACAUGCCACCACCAAAACAGGCCGAACCCGAGGAUAGCCCCCUCAUGAAGACCCCUCAGGAUAAACUUGGAAAUCCUCAAUUCCCUGAUGGCGAGCAGCCAUCGCUGGGUGCUACCCUGAACGGGCCCCUGGCCGAGCCGGUCGAAAUGGCAUCCGAGGUGGCAUCACCAGCCAAAACUCCCCCCAGCCCGGCCCCGGCGUCCUCAUUGCAUCGGCAUUCCAGGACAAAGACGCCCUCGCCCCAGCCUACACAGUUCAUUCCUGAGCAAUCGCCUCAGCAAGGAAAGGAGCUAACACUCUUCCUACAAUACAAGAGCAAGAUCAAAAAAUACGUCUUCGCAGACGGUUCCGACCUCUCCGCUGGCCGUCUGCAGCUAGCAUUCAUCGAGAAGUUCGCCUGGGAUACCCAUCGCUAUGGCGAGCUUCCGGAAAUACACAUCCAGGAUCCAGUCUCUGGCGUUCGCUAUGAGCUCGAAGAUAUGAAUGACAUCAAGGACCGAUCGGUUCUUGUUCUUAAUGUUGAGCAACUCGACGAAGUCAAGAGUCAUUUCGACGAGAAGUUUGGCGGGCUAAACAAACUCGUCGAGAGCAUCAAGACGGUUGUUGAGGAUCAGCAAUCGACCAUCCAACGCGUUGCUGAACGACAACAGCAAACAGCAAAAGAACUCGCGGGCAUCGCCGCAGCACCGACUCUCAAUUCCGGACGCAACUCGGCGCUGAUACCUUCUCGCGCAGUAUCAGCCGGUGUUCCUCUGGAUGGUAAUGUGAACUCGGCUACGCAACUCAGCGAGGUUCAGUCUCUUCGCCGUGACUUGGCUGUAGUCAGGCAAACCUACUCCUCCUUUGUCUCGGACAUACAAGCUAGCAUGUCAACGAUUCGCACCAAGGCUGCUGCUGUCAAGUCCACGGCCAUCAAGGCAGCAUUGCCAACCCUUGACGGUGAUUCUGGUCGCGCAUACAUCAACGCUGGCAAGAAGACUCUGCAAGAAGACUCUGAAAAGAUUGUGAACCGAGUAGACGACUUGCAAGAUCUCAUUGAAGACUUGCGCAAGGAUGUAGUCAUGCGAGGCGUCCGCCCGCUACCGCGCCAACUCGAAGUCACCGCCAAAGAUCUCUCCGUCGCAACGGCAGAGCUCAAGAAGCUACAAGACAUGCUUUCCAAAGAGAAGCCCAUCUGGACUAAGAUUUGGGAGCAGGAACUCCAAACUGUCUGCGAAGAGCGGGAUCUGCUCACUAUGCAAGAAGAGCUCGCCGCUGAUUUGCAAGACGACGUUGAGAAAGCUGCACAAACACUCGAGCUUGUUGAGCAAGCGACAAAACAACAGCAUCUAGAGAGCGAGAAAGAGGCCGGCAAGGGAACACGUACGGCCAGUGGUCGGAAUAUGAUCAACGCUGCCUCUUUCGACAAAGCAGUCGAUCCGCGACAAGCACGGGAUGGUGUCCUAGGCGAAGUCAAGGCGCUACAACCCAACCACGAGAGCCGCCUCGAAGCCAUUGAACGCGCGGAAAAGGCUCGUCAGCGCGAACUCGAGACCAGAAACGACGAUGAGUUCAAGCGCGAGCUUGGCUCCUUUGUUGAAGAAGGCAAACUCAAGAAGAGCGGCGGCGUCGAAGAAGUGGAGCGCAUGCGCAAGGCCAAGGACGAACGUGCACGCAAGGAGAACGCUGAGCGCGAAGCUGCGCGCAUGAAGGCCAAGGCGGAGAAGAGGGAGCGCGAGAAUGCGGCUGCGGCUGCGGCACUGGCUGCCCAGAGAGAAGCAGAGGCCGCCGCCGCCGCCGCUCAGGCUGAGGAAGAGCAAGCGGCGCCGACGGAGGAGUCGAACGCGGAGGAUGCUAAGGAGGAUGAAGAUACGUUGUCAUCGUCAUUCACAGUCCGGCCCUGGAUCAAGACCGGCGGCGUACCAUUAUCCGCGCAAAUGACCCACGCAACAACGAAGGGCAUCGACAGCCCAACCCAUUCCACCCCAACGCACAGCAAAUCCCCAUCGCCCAGUUUGGAAACCACGAUUCCACCACCCACCAGAAACUCCAUCACCACUACCAGCACCACAAUAACACCCCAUACCUCUACCCAUCCCCGCAACAGCCCCUCCUCAACCCCGACUCCCCGCCACACACCCACGCCUAUGCCCUCGCAACCCAGACACUCGCUCCACACCCCCGAGUCCCGCUGGAUCCCCCGCUCUUCCCUCAGCCUGCGCAGCCGCGAUCGAGACCGCCACAUCGACAGAGUAACGCCAACACCACAACACACACCCCCGCUCUUUCGCUCACGCGGUAAGACGGUCCCGCCGCCUAGUUUGGAUCCCCAGGCCCGCUUCCAGACCCCCGACAAGAGAAGUGGUCGCAGGAGUGGAGCUGGGAAUGCCGGCGCCGAUGCAGAUGCAGAGGAUGCCCAGAGUGUUCUCUCUUAUACCCCUAGUAUGAGCGGGAAACAGUUUGCAGGCUGGUUGUCGGGUCUAUUGGGUGGGCGGUGA